AUGUUCAAAUUCUUCAAUAUUAGUGAUUCAUAUGGAUUUGAAGCCGCAGGUAAAUCUGUGUACCCUCAAUAUUAUUUAUCGUAGUCACAGAAAAUUGGUGAAAAGAAAUAUUAGGGUUUGUAUAUCUAUAGUUAUAACCAAAGAACUAUUCAGCGGUUCAGUCGUUGUAAAAUUAUGCAUCGGAAAGAAAAUCCACCGCUAUGAGAAGCCUUUGAACGAACGAAAAUGGAAGGAAAAGGCCACAAAAGGUCACGUGACUGGCACAGAAAGUAUAAAAAAUAAGAAAGCAUAG